AUGGAUGUGGUGUCACCCAUCACAUUGGAAGGAAAAAUAAUCUUUCGGGACGUGUGCAAGACUAAAGUACCAUGGGACGCUGAUAUUCAAGAACCGUUAAGCCGUCGCUGGAACGAAUGGGAAAAGUCGCUGCCAAACGAAGAAACCAUACCACGUCCAAUAGUGAAAUACCGAGAGCCAGUUUUGAAUGUAGAACUCCACACCUUUGGUGAUGCCUCGACGAAGGGUGUCGGAGCAGUGGUAUACUCCGUAGUGCGACAAAAAUCUGGGAAUACACAACAAUUAGUAACGGCCAAAUCUAGAUUGGCCAAAGAAGGAUUGACAAUAAAUCUUUGUGGUGGAACGGUCCAGAAUGGUUGGACGAUCCAGAGAAAUGGCCAGACAACCUUGAAACGCAACCAUCCACAGCUACUGAAGUUGAAGCCAAAGUGGUUCGAGAGGUUCUUUGUACAACACAAGCCCAGCGAGUAGCUGACGAAUUUGAUCGAUUGUUGGAAAAGCACGACCUUCAUCGUACACUACGAGUAUGUGCCUGGAUCCUGAGAUUCACAAGCAACUGCAGAACCAAAGAGAGUCAACGGGGUGCUCUGACAACUCAAGAGAUUGAAAACGCUCGUCUGUGGUGGAUCAAGCGAGUCCAACGAGAGAGUGACAUUGAGAAAGAUCGAGAACAACUUAACCUACAAGAAAAUGACCAAGAGGUACUUCUGUGUCAUGGUCGCAUACAAGGCGAAAACCCAGUUUACUUACCGAACACGAGCACAUUCACGGAGAAAUUAGUACAAGAAGCGCACUCGCGCACUCUCCACGGGGGAGUCGGGUUAACAAUGGCACAGAUUCGAAAGAGGUAUUGGAUACCCAAGUUGAGAAGUUUGGCUAAACGACAAGUCAAAACCUGUUGUGGCUGUCGCAGAUUUCAAGCAACUGCUGUGGUCAAACCGCCACCUGGAAUGUUACCAAAAGAACUCUACGAAGGGAAAGAUGGUCUCGUAAGAGCGAUAAAGCUACGUGCGGGGAAAAGUGUCAUGGAACGACCAGUGCAACAUCUUUAUCCAUUAGAGUUAAGUUGUGACAUUGAAAACAGACAGACAACCAAGACGACCACCGAGUUGAAUGCAGAGGCCACCGAGUUCAGGCCGAAGAGACGCAGUGGUUGCAGCGAGGCUUCGCAACCAGAUGAUCGUUGA